AAGUAGCAGAAGAACAUAUAUCAAAUUAUCGUUUAGAUUUGAUCAAAAAGAUUGAGGCUCAUUGUGAACAAUCAAAAACUACGGUUAAUCAAAAUAUUGACCUUGCAUACAAUUUGUGGAAGAAAUCUAGCGCAAAACCAAAUAAAAAAGAACAACUGCGAAGUGAUUUAAUAGUAUGGAUUAAAAAAGAAAAUGGUAGUUGGAUAGGACUAAAUAUGGCUAAGACAAUUGGCAAACCAUUCAUCCAAGAUUUAACUGAUGUAUUUUGGUACAUAGAUGGAUAUGAGGAAGCGAAGGAAGAAGAAGUGUCUAAUCAACAUUAUAAAAUCAAACCAGAAAUAAAAAAAUGGUUUCCUAUUUAUCAUACACGUCGUAUAUAUAAAGAAUACAUAGAUAUGUGUGACCUUUAUCUAAACAAACAACUGAAGACCAAAUUGCGAUACAUAUAUAAAGAAUUAACAAAUGAUGCUUUAGCCGCUAAAAUGACUAGUCAAAAAAAA